AUGACAACUGAAGAAGACGCCCAACAAAUCUCAUCUACAGCUCAGGUCCAGAUCCGUUUGGUCACCCGCGAUGAGCGGUACGCUGUUCCAUCAGUGCCUCUUUACGUUCCCGUCUCGCUCAAGCGAUAUGGUCUCAGUGAAGUUGUCAACAAGCUUUUGGAACAAGGUCAUGAGGACCGUGUUGCAGAAAGCUCGCUUCUUCCUGGUGAGACCGAGACCGAGGGGUAUCAAACAACACCCUUUGACUUUUUGACUGACGACGGCAAGCUGCUGCGUGCAACUCUGGCCGAGUAUCUGUCGCAGCGAGGGUUGUCUGCUGAAUCAAGUGUCACUCUGGAGUAUACCCGUGCCAUCCUGCCGCCAUCUUUCCUGGCCUCUUACGCACACCCAGAUUGGGUCUCGGCCGUUAGCAUUGCACCAGAAACUGUGGCCAAUACCAAGGUCUCAGCCCAUGCUCCCAUCGCAUCUGGUUCCUAUGACGGUAUCAUCCGGUUGUGGACCGCCGCGGGCUCUGUGGCCCACAGUCUUGUGGCCCACAAUGCAGCCAUCAAAGCUGUGCGCUGGACCUCUGCCUCGUCUUUGGUUUCCGCAAGUAACGACCGCAUGCUGUGUCUGUGGAAACUCAAGCCUGAGAGUAACACAAAUGACAAUGAUGAUAAUACUGUUAAUACCAUCACUGCUGCAUCGUCGAUCGAUGCACUGCUGCGCGGACACACGGAUGCCGUCAACAAUGUGUCCGUGGCACCAUCCACACUGGCUUCCGGAGCCCCUGCUCGUGGUGACAUUUUGUCUGCAUCUUCCGAUCACACGGUUCGUCUUUGGUCCUCAGACUACUCCACUCUUCCAGUCUACGAGGCUCCUGAGUCCGCCUCUGCGUCCGCCAAAAACACUGCGUCUCAGAAGCGUCGUAAGCUGGCCCAAGCUUCUCUCCCAGCCGCCCGCUCCCGCGCUCCACUACUUACCCUUGCCGCCCAUACUGCCCCAGUCACUGCUGCAAUUUUCCACCCAGCUCCAGGGCAUGCAAACUCUGUUGCAUACUCUGUCUCGCUCGAUCACACGCUCAAAACUUGGGAUCUGACGGGCGCCGGUGCCGUAGUUGUGUCGCGCACCACUUCGUUCCCUCUGACUUGUCUUGCUGCGUUGCCUGAUCUUGGGUUGCUGGCCAUUGGCUCCUCUGCACGCCACAUUUUACUGCACGACCCACGCAGUGGCAAUGAUGCAGGUGCUGGAGGUGAUUCUGGUGAUGCUGCGCUUUCCAAGGCCACACUGACUGGUCACACAAACUUUGUGACUUCCAUUGCUCCCUCGCCAUAUUCUAACUACGUAUUUGCAUCCAGUUCCAUGGAUGGCACCGUGCGCGUGUGGGAUGCCCGUGCGCAGUCCAGCUUGUAUGUUUUGCCUCGUGAGUCGGGCCAAAAGGGUUUGGGCGGUGUUGCUGGAGUUUUUGAUGUUGACUGGGCAAAAUCUAUUGGCAUUGUUUCUGGUGGCAAAGAUAACCAGUUGCAAAUCAAUUCAUCUGGCUUUACAAAUUAA